CUUUUCCUCUCCCUCAAAUCCAACUUGAAGGUGACAGUCCUCCCUCCGUCCCGUCAGCUGCUGUCCCGGUGACCGGUCGUCGCUUGUCCGCAGCCUCCGGGAAAAGAAAGACAGACAAACAAAACGUCAGCCAUGUCGGUGUUUGGCGAGGUCCCUCAAGCCGCGCCCGUGGCUGUCUUCAAGCUAUCGCAGGACUUCAACAACGACCAGUGUCCCGACAAGGUGAACCUCGGAGUGGGAGCCUACCGGACAGAUGAAGGCCAACCAUGGAUUUUGCCGGUGGUGAAAAAAGUGGAAAAGAUCAUUGUGCAAGAUGAAAAGCUGAACCACGAGUACCUUCCCAUUCUGGGCCUACCUGAGUUCAGAUCCGCAGCCUCUAAGAUUGCACUGGGAGACGACAGUCCUGCCAUCCAGGAGAACAGGGUGGGAGCUGUGCAGUGUCUGGGGGGCACGGGUGCCCUGAAGAUGGGCGCUGAGUUUCUCAGGCGUUUCUACAAUGGAAACAACAACACCAAAACCCCCGUCUAUGUGUCGGCACCCACCUGGGAAAAUCACAAUGCUGUAUUUGCCAACGCUGGCUUUGAGGACGUCCGUCCAUACAAGUACUGGGACGCAGAGAAGAGGGGCCUUGAUUUGGCCGGUUUCCUUGGUGACUUGGAGAGUUGUCCUCAACACUCCAUCUUUGUCCUGCAUGCCUGUGCCCAUAAUCCAACUGGCACAGACCCCACACAAGAGCAAUGGAAGCAGAUCGCUGAAGUCAUGAUGAGGAGGAAGCUGUUUGUGUUCUUUGACUCAGCUUAUCAGGGUUUCGCCUCAGGCAGUCUGGAGAAGGACGCAUGGGCGGUGCGCUACUUUGUCUCCAUGGGCUUUGAAAUGUUCUGCGCUCAGUCGUUCUCCAAGAACUUUGGCCUCUACAACGAGCGUGUGGGCAACCUGACCAUUGUGGCUCGUGAUGUUGACAACCUGAAGCGAGUUCUGUCCCAGAUGGAGAAGAUUGUCAGGACCACCUGGUCCAACCCACCAUCUCAGGGAGCUCGCAUUGUUGCCGCCACUCUUAACUCACCGGAGCUCUUUGCAGAAUGGAAGGACAAUGUGAAGACCAUGGCUGACAGGGUCUUGUUGAUGAGGGCUCAGCUGAAAGCUAAGCUCCAAGCCUUGGGGACACCAGGGACGUGGGACCACAUCACAGAGCAGAUUGGCAUGUUCAGUUUCACAGGCCUCAACCCCAAACAAGUGGAAUAUAUGGUGAAGGAGAAACACAUCUACUUAAUGGCCAGCGGUCGCAUCAACAUGUGUGGUUUGACCAGCAAGAACAUCAACUACGUGGCCGAGUCCAUCCACGACACCGUCACCAUGGUCCAGUAGACGACUACAUUACCCACAUUUCUCAGCACAUAUUCCUGCCAGGGACAGUGUUUGUAUCCAGCACAUUUCCUGGAGCAAACAUCUUAUUUGCACAGAUCAGAUCAUUGGCCCUGUUUCCCCCCUCCUUUUCUGUGUUUGUGCUAAGAUAGGCUAAACACACCCAGGACCUAUUUCUCUAUUUUAGAUAUUGAUCUUCUCAUUUAAUAACCAGCAAGACUGUGUUUUUCAAAAUAUAGGAACUAUUCCUUUCGGGUAAUUGUAUUCAUAAUUUGUCCCCCGGCUCGUUGUGUCUUGGUCACCCAUUUGCCACCGAUUCCCCCCCCACCCCACAACUUGUUGUGUUCUGUUAGUGUAUGUGUCAUUAGCAGGACCUUAGAGAGGAAGAGCACAUCAGUGACUGUGUUACGAUUACCUCAGCAGUGUCGACUCUACGGUCCUAAAAUGUGUAAUGUCAUACUGUAAUGAUUCAUCCAUUCCAAGGGUUAAUAACACAUUUCCAAUUUGAUUUUAUUUAGACCAAAAUGACACGAUGUAUCUUAAACAAGGAAGCAAUUCUGACAAAUGUGUUUACCACCUCUAUCAUGAACAAAGUAGCGGUGCUACGCCUAUUGCUGGAUCAAACGUGAAUUAGAGAGGAGGGAUCUCAGGAAGAUAUUUUUAACUUGAACUAUGUAAUUUAUUAAUGAUGCAGUCUUCGACUAAUUACCUCACUUUGAAUCAGUAUUUAAUGGUGUGUUUUUCCUCCAGUUUGUAUUCGGUGGCACGAACUGUCCCGACAGCUGUUGCGUGACUCCUCAGUGAUCUCAGUGUUUUCUGCUGCUGGUUGAAUGUUGGGAUGUCUCUGGUUCAGGCAGGCACCCGCCGGUGAACGCUGCAUUUGCACAGUGACCGUCUGUGCUAUUGUGUAAGGGCCCUAAAGGCAAUUGCACAAACAGACUAAUGAUCAACCAGUUUGUUUUUGCACCACUGAGGCACAGUACUCAAUAAAGUAGUCUCACUGUUUCGCAAAUGAUCCUAGGCUGAAAGUGUCCUCUUAGAAGUUAAAAUGACAUGAUCUAACUACUCUAAUAAAUAACUAUAAAUAGUA